CCAGAGGAAAGAGGUAAGAGGCAAUACAAAGUUAUGAGAAGGAGGAGGAGGAGGGGAGCGUUUGGAGGACCAUCAAGAAUUUGCCUUUUAAGGGGUACAGUCUGACUCUCCCAAGCCUCGUGAGCUCCUGCGUAGCAGCCAAAACACCGCAGAGAGGAGCAAUAAACAACAGCAAAGAGCCUGUGCAGAAUAAUGUGUGGAUUCUGUGGGUUUUUCCAACAAAGACCUGUACAGCGUCAACAAGGGCCCGGUUUGUCCAGCGCUCGGUCCAUGAGUCACCGGUUUGCUCAGCAUCCUGACGGCGAGCGCUUUCUGCACAACAAUGUGUCGUUGCUGUAGGGGCUGAAGUUGGAGGAUCGGCCUGUUUCUGGGAGAAGGAAACAGAGAGAUGGGUGGGGGUGUGAGAACAGAGAGGUAAUUGUGUAUGUAAAGAGUGAGGCAACCGUGGCAGAGGGGGCAGAAGCAGGAGGAGAGGGAGAAGACGUGCUCCUGGGAUGUUGUUGGGGCGACCGAAGGAGACGGAGAGGAGUGAAGAGCUGGAGAUUGGAUGUUUAAAAGAGGGAAUGGGGAUGUAGAGGGAAAGGUAGAGCAAGUGGCUGAGAAAGUUGGAAAAAGGAGGUUUUAAAGGGGGGAACCGAGUGCUGCAGCAGGACCGUGCAGGAGGUGAUUUUAAAAAAGUGCUUUUACAAAAACAAAAAGGACAGAGAGUAUCCUUCCUCCUGUACCAGAGCCAGGAAAAGGGGGAAGGGCCUCCUCCUCGUCUCCAGCUGAGAAAAACAGCUGCCCAGGAGCGUGCUCACAGAAGACAGAGGCGGGGAGGACUCUCAUAGACCCACACAGUCCUGGACCCCCACACCCCCACCCUACGCCAUCCACAAUCUACCUAUAUGGGUUGUGUCCUGAGCUCCGACUGGUGUGGGGAGGGAGAGGUGCAGCCGGUGCCGGUGGUCCGGAGCGCGUCUCUGAAGAGGAGUGAGAGCAGCAGGAUGAGGCUGAUGAAGUCUGGAAAGGGAGAGCCCCACGUCUUCAAGGAAAAGACGUUCAAGAAGAAGCGACAGUGCAGUGUGUGUCGACAGAACAUCGACAACGUGGGCUCCUUCUGCAGAGUAUGCAAAACUGCCACCCACAGGAAAUGUGAGGCCAAGCUGACCUCUGCGUGCAUCCCAGCUCCCUCGAAUGAUCUGCAACGCAGAGGGACAGCUCCUUCUCAACACAAUCAACACAUGGGAUCUACUAAGUCCCUAAACUACACCAAACAGAGGAACACCCUACCAAGGAGCUUCAGCGUGGACCGCGUGAUGGAACGUGUGAUGGAGCGCCACUACGACUUCGACCUGACCUACAUCACAGAGAGGAUCAUCUCUGUCUUCUUCCCUCCAAAACUGGAGGAGCAAAGAUACCGGCUCAACCUGAAGGAGGUGGCUGCCAUGCUCAAAUCCAAACAUCAGGACAAGUUUCUGCUGCUGAAUCUCUCAGAGCGACGCCAUGAUAUCACCCGGUUAAACCCAAAGGUUCAUGACUUYGGCUGGCCCGACCUCCACGCCCCGCCGCUGGAUAAGAUCUGCGCCAUAUGCAAGGCCAUGGAGACCUGGCUGACCUCUGACCCCCAGCACGUGGUGGUCCUACACUGCAAGGGCAAUAAAGGGAAAACUGGCGUGAUCGUCGCAGCCUACAUGCACUACAGCAAGAUCUCUGCAGGGGCAGACCAGGCUCUCAGUACUCUCGCCAUGAGGAAGUUCUGUGAAGAUAAGGUGUCCUCCUCCCUCCAGCCGUCACAAAACAGGUAUGUGUAUUACUUUGGAGGCCUUCUCUCCGGGGCCAUAAAGAUGAACAGCAGUCCUCUCUUCCUCCACCAAGUCCUCAUCCCCUCACUCCCCAACUUCCAGGGUGAAGGAGGUUAUUAUCCCUUCUUGAAGAUCUACCAGUCCAUGCAGCUGGUCUACACCUCAGGCAUAUAUGACCUUCAAGGCACUGGAGGCAGGAGACUGUGCGUGAGCAUCGAACCCGCCCUGCUGCURAAGGGCGACAUCAUGGUGAAAUGUUACCACCGGCGAGCCCAGAGUGCCGACAGAGACACGGUGUUCAGGCUGCAGUUCCACACCUGCACCGUCCACGGAGCACAGCUCUGGUUCGGCAAAGGGGAGCUGGACGAAGCUCACACCGAUGAACGUUUUCCAUCCGAUGCCACCGUGGAGUUUAUCUUCUCCUCUGGACCUGAGAGGAUCAAAGGUCGUGAAUACCACAAGAACGACCCGGCUGUCAUAGUCGACUACAACACCGCUGACCCGGUGGUUCGCUGGGAUUCCUAUGAGAACUUCAACCAGCGGUACCAAGACAGCCUGGAGGAUAUUGCUCACACUAAAGGUCCUCUAGACGGCAGCCUGUACGCUCAGAUAAAGAAACGUCGAGGUCCAGGUUCUGGUUCCCUGACCUCUACAAACGGCAGCAGCCCGGGAGGCGGUUUCUCAGAAGACAGACCGGAUCAUCUGAUCCCUCAAGGUUCUGACCCCUGUUUUUCACCCCACCCCCUCCAUUUGAACCAUCCGUACGCCCACCCCGACCACCCRGCGGAGGAGCCCGUCCAUCCCCCGCCCCCGACCAGGCAGGAACAGGCGGAGCUCGAGCGCCUCCUCGGGGGGAUCGAAGGRAACCCGGACGGCGAGAGAGAGACGGCCAUAUUGGACGACGGCGAUCCUUGGCCCCCGGAGAGAAGCGGGACGCUGCGGCUCGGCCGGUCCUGCUCGUGCCGGGACGGGUACCGCUCCCARCGCUGCGCCGAGCCGGGCUGCGACCGCACCCUCCUCAUGCCCAACGGCUACUGCCUGGACCGAGCGCCUGGCACCAACGGGCACYGCGGGGCCAACCCGUCCUCCACCUCCAGCCCGGCAGCUCCUCCGUCUCACGUGGACAUGUGUCAGCACUACAGCCCGCACCCCCAGCAGUCCCUUCCACCCCCAGAUUUAGUGUGGGACCGCCAAAGCUGCCCCCCUCACUACUUGCACCGCGCCUGCCCGGAGGCGUCGUCUCGACACGUGUGUCCGUACCCGUCCCAAGACCCGAACCCUCACAAUCAUCCGCACCACCCCAUGUCCGUCCCCGGCCGCCUCUGCUGCCGUGACGACUCACCCUUCCACCAUCCUCCCCCACCUCACGGCCACAACCACCACCUGAAACCCCCCACCAGCCCCACUUACCACGACAUCAUGCUAAUGGAUGGUCUGCCGCYCCCUGGCUGUCUUUGUAGGGACUGCAGCAUCAGGAGAGAGGACUCUGCUGCCUAUCACAGCCUGAGACUGGACCGAGGGGACAGCUUCCGCUGGGACAGGGAGGCGGAGCUUCAGCAGAGAGAGGCGGGGCUCAGGAGAACCCGGGAGACAGAGCUGCCGAGAGGUUCGGAGAUCCACUGGGAGAGGGAUCCGGGGCUCAGGCGGGGCAGAGAGCUGUCCCUCCACUGGGAGCGAGACAGGGAGGCGGAGCUUCAGUGGGAGCGGGACAGAGAGGCUGAAUAUUGGCACAGGAGAGCCACCGUAGCUUCCUACGGCUCGCAGGGACAYGAUCUGCCGGCCUUCACCUUCGACCCGCUGCCGUCGGGUCACCCGGCUUAUCCGGAGGCGUCCAGGUCCCACGCUCAUUCCCACCUGGACCUGAAGUACAACAGCAGCAGCAGCAGCGGUUACCAGACGCCGCGCCAGGYGUGCCCCUACUCGCCGUACCAGCCCUCGCCAUCUGAAAGCAGGGGCUACGCCUCAGGCUACCAGUCUGAGUCCACGUCUCCACUUCCUACUCCUUCCUCCAUGACCGGGACCUGCAGCCAUAACGGGCCGGCGGAGCACAGCCACCAUCACCGGCACCCAGACUCGUCGUACAGCCCCGACUCACACACCGAUGGCCUUCGUAGCUCCGGUGAGAGCGUCGGCUGGAGGGAUCACAUCACCCACGGCUCCUUUAAGAGGGUUCACAGAGACGGCCACGUCGCCUGCUCCACGCCCUCCGACAUGUCCGGACCCUCUACCCCCGUCCACACCAGCAGCCCUCUCCGCACRCGGGAGAGUCCCAGUCCAGGGAGGGAAGAAUAUGARAUCCGGACCACAGACAUCAUCGGCAGUGACAACGAGGGCUCUCCGACCCAGGAAAGACGUUUUUGUAACAAUAAUGUMGUCCAAGAAGCUCCAGGAAGCCCCAAAACCAUCACAGAUCAGCCGUCGAUUUCACUCAACAGAACUACACCGUCACAGACCGAACCCACYGACCACUGCGCUGCUCCCACCGAGAGGCCCCCCACCACCCCCCCACAGCAGCACUGCAGCACAGAUCCACCCCCAGCUUCAAACCAGGGUCCUGCAUCAGACACAAACCCCGAGUCCCAAACCCUUCCAGUCCCGAGUCCUUCAGAAGCUGCAGCCUCUACAGUGGUGCCGACCCAAACCCAACCCAACGGUUCCCCAGGACCGACCUCAGCACAGGUCAAUGGAUCUCCAAYGAUGAAAUCUCACCCAGACGUCCACAAGCCCACCACCCCCGGCCCCUCAUGUGCUCCCGCUCCAUCMUCCCCGCAGCCCGGACCCGGCAGCACGGACGGCUCGCCKGUYUCCGACGCUCCGGUUCCYGGUUUUGCCACCCUGGGAAGGAGGUUGAUGCUGAGCGGGUCAGAACCCCACCACGGACCCCCUCAUCACCACUACCCRGGCAUGGAGCACAGCGUGGCACUGGACACCAACAAAAGRCCCUGCUACCCCRGCCCGGCCCCKCAGCUCCACCCAGCCUCCUACUGCAACUACUCCACCAUCUCCAUCCCCCUUCCCCACCCGCAGCCGCCUUUACCGGAGAAACGGCACCCGCCCGCCCCGCAGCCGGGCUCCCCCAGCGAAGGGGGCAGGCCGCCCGGGGGACAAGCGCCUCCCUCCACCACCCAGCAUCACGUCACCUUUUCUCCCAACGUGGGAGAAAUCGCUCCCCUGAACGAUGACAUGACRUCUGUGGAGAGCGAGACGGCGAACCGGGUCAGCGUGAAGUUCGUCCAGGACAGYUCCAGGUUCUGGUACAAACCUGCCAUCUCCAGAGAGCAAGCGAUCGCAGCUCUGAAGGAGAGAGAGCCGGGAACCUUCCUGAUCAGGGACAGCAACUCUUUCCAGGGGGCCUACGGCCUGGCCCUGAAGGUGGCCACCCCUCCGCCCAACGUGAACCACAGCAGCAAAGUGAGCGACCCGUUGGAGCAGCUGGUGAGACAUUUCCUGAUCGAGACGGGACCUCGAGGGGUCAAGAUCAAAGGGUGUCAGAAUGAGCCCUACUUUGGGAGUCUGUCUGCACUGGUCUAUCAACACGCCAUCACUCCCAUCUCUUUGCCCUGCGCUCUUAAAAUCCCUGAAAAAGACCUGGUUGGGGAGGUGCAGGAGCCUGUAACGUCCUCUACCUGAACUCUGUGGAGACCGAGUCCCUGACCGGCCCCCAGGCCAUCGCCAAGGCCACAGACGCCACACUGGGUCGCAACCCCCGUCCAUCCCCGACUGUAGUCCAGUUUAAGGUGACGUCACAGGGCAUCACGCUGACUGACAGCCAGCGGAGGGUUUUCUUCAGGAGACAUUACCCGGUGAACACCGUGACCUUCAGCAGCAUCGACCCCAAGGACAGAAGGUGGACUAACUUGGACGGCACGACCGCUAAAGUGUUUGGUUUUGUGGCCAAGAAGCCGGGCAGCGUGGCGGAAAACGUCUGCCACCUGUUCGCAGAGCUGGACCCCGAACAGCCGGCCUCUGCCAUCGUCAACUUCAUCAACAAGGUCAUGCUGGCGCCGCGCCGAUAAAACCAAGCAAAGACGUCAAAACGAGCAGCACGGACGGGACAAAAAGAAAACAUUUAAAGAAGAAGAG